CUCAACCUGCUUCGGUACCUGCCGAGCAGAUUUCAAACCCUGUUCGCCUGCGACAACGUCCAGCGUCGGACUCAGGCGCUCUCUUGAAUUGAAUUGGUUCUCCCUCCGCUCCAUCUCUUUUUCGCAAUGCCUUCGCAGCCUUCGAACGCGGGUAUUGUCACCGACGAGAACAGUGGUGACCGAGAGAUCCCGCAGUCUGUCCGCGCAGAUGGCAGUACCCGGAAAGCUAUCAAAAUUCGUCCGGGAUACCGCCCUCCCGAGGAUGUCGAAGUCUACAAGAACCGCACUGCCGAGGCCUUUCGCGAGCGCGGUAAGAAGAUUGGCAUCCCAGGUGCCACGGGCUUGGAGGAAGAGAGCUCCGAACAAAGCUCGGCUGCAAGCAACAAGAACGCCAAGCGUCGUGAGGCUCGGAAAAAGGCAAAGGCUGCAGAGGGUGAUGCUCCAGCCCCUGCGGAAGAGACCAAGCCCGAGGAAGUCAAUCCCGAAGUUGAGCGCGAGAAAAAGGCCCGAAAUCUUAAGAAGAAGUUGAAGCAGGCUAAGGACCUCAAGAACAAGAAGGAAGGUGGUGAGGCUCUACUCCCCGAGCAAAUCGCAAAGGUCAUCAAAAUCAACGAACUCAUUAGAGAGUUGGAUGCACUCGGUUUCGACGCUGAGGGUGAGCCCAAGAAGGCGACCACUGACGAUGAGGGUGAAAAGAAGGACUGAGACAGUUUAUGCGACUUCGACUCGAAAAUUAUCACUGCAAGUCAAGGUGCUUCGAACAGCCGCUGGUACAUCCAGGGCUGCG